AUCAAGGGUAUAAUUGGAAGUAAAAAAAAAAAAAAUUAAUUGCAGAGGCGGGUUGCAAGAUUGAAGCGUUCGUUCGAAGUCAAAAACCAUAUUACCAAUUUACCAGAUUUUCGUUUUCUUCUUUCAUCUUCCGAGUCUUCUUCUCUUCUGCAUCUCUGUGUUUCCUCGUCUGGAAUAGUAAUUUGCCAAAGAGAAGAAGAGACUUGAUGGCGAACAGUAAUCUCCCUCGAAGAAUUAUCAAGGAGACGCAGAGGCUUCUCAGUGAACCAGCUCCGGGCAUUAGUGCUUCUCCUUCAGAAGAAAACAUGCGAUAUUUUAACGUAAUGAUUCUUGGUCCAGCUCAAUCUCCUUAUGAAGGUGGGGUUUUCAAGUUGGAAUUGUUUUUGCCCGAAGAAUAUCCAAUGGCACCUCCCAAGGUUCGUUUCCUCACCAAAAUAUAUCAUCCCAACAUUGAUAAGCUUGGGAGGAUAUGCCUUGAUAUCCUGAAGGACAAAUGGAGUCCAGCCCUCCAAAUCCGAACAGUAUUGCUGAGCAUCCAAGCACUUCUGAGUGCUCCAAACCCGGAUGAUCCACUUUCCGAGAACAUUGCAAAGCACUGGAAGACAAAUGAAGCAGAAGCUGUUGAAACAGCAAAGGAGUGGACCCGUUUGUAUGCAAGUGGUGAAUAAUGACGAGAGCUUAUUGCUCAGAAUUUCAUUUUUCGAUUGCAUGUUGAACAAAAUGUAUGCCUUUAGUCUUAUAACAUAUGUACUACUAAACAUGGAGAUUUUCAAGCCCAUCAGUCCUUGUUGAUAAUCACUUUCAUUCUCCUCAAAGGCUAGCUUAAACUUUGUACGACCAUAAUGCCAAGGUAGAUCUCAAUUGCUAUUUUUUGAAUCA